UUUUUUUCUCUUUCACAAUGGGUGCAUAUAAAUAUUUACAAGAGCUUUGGAAAAAGAAAUAAUCUGAUGUCCUCAGCUUCAUCAUGAGAAUCAGAACAUGGGAAUACAGAUAAUUGCCAGUCAUUCAUAGAGCAACUAGACCCAGCAGACCAGAUAAAGCCAGAAGAUUAGGUUACAAGGCCAAAUAAGGUUAUGUUAUCUACAGAGUCAGAGUCAGAAGAGGUGGAAGAAAAUUGUUGAUCAGAAAGGGUCUUGUUAAGGGUAAACCCAAGAGUCAAGGAGUUAAUCAAUUGAAGCCCACCAGAAAUCUCAGAUCAGUUGCUGAAGAGAGAGUUGGCAGAAAAAUUGGAGCAUUGAGAGUUUUGAAUUCAUAUUGGGUGGCUCAAGACGGAACAUAUAAAUAUUAUGAGGUCAUCACAGUUGAUCCAUUCCAUCCAGCCAUCAGAGGAGAUUCAAGAAUCAAUUGGAUUACCAAGCCUGUUCACAAGCACAGAGAAUUAAGAGGCUUAACAUCUGCUGGCAGAAAGAGCAGAGGUCUCAGAGUAAAGGGUCACAGAAACAACCAAACAAGACCAUCAAGAAGAGCCAAUUACGCUAGAAGAAACAGAAUUUCCCUCAGAAGGUACAGAUGAUGAUAUAUUUUGCAUAUACUCAAGUACAAUUAAAAACAACAAAAACAUCCCCCAAA